AUGGUCAACUUUGCCUCCCUCGUCGCUCUGGCUCUGGCCAACUUGGCUAUCGCCAGCCCGACCGUCUAUCUGAUCCGUCAUGGCGAAAAGCCCGCUUCGGGCGAUGGAUUGAACGCCCAGGGCAUGCAGCGUGCACAGUGUCUGCGAAAUGUCUUCGGGGCGAACUCGCAGUACAACAUUGGCCACAUUAUGGCACAGACACCCAAAAGCAGCGGCAAACGUCAACGUCCCUACGACACCGUCAAGCCUCUCGCCGCCGACCUCGGUCUGACCGUGGACUUGUCCUGUGACCGUGACGAUCCCAAGUGUGUCGCCAACGUCGUCAAGGGGUACACCGGUCCCGGCAACAUUCUCAUCUGCUGGGAACACGACGCUUUGACGGAUAUCGUCUCCACGCUGGGUGAUUCCGAUGCGCCAGACUAUCCCGAUAACAGCUUCGACAUCAUCUGGACCGAUCCCGCGCCAUACAACUCGAUCGUCUCCCAGACCAGUGAAAACUGCCCUGGCCUGGACAACUAG